AUAUUGUUUGUUUUGAAGAUUUGAGAAGAAAUCCCAGACCUAAAUAAGCAAAAUUAAUUUUGAUGGGAGCACGAUCCUAAAUCUGGUGUCUCUUAGACCGUAGAUGAAGGUGAACCUGAUUACCCAGGGCUGGACCUCUGUGAGCGGUACAGGUGAGUGCAGGUGUGCUCCGACCACACGGCGCCUUUGUCUCAGCUCGCGGAUUGUAACCCCACCCUCGCUCCCGUGGCCACACGAGAAGCAGGCCAGCUCGUGUUCUGGUCAUCCGGCUCGCUCAGACGCUGCGCUCUCCGGCGGGAAGCGGCGGGAUGGAACGGCACGUUUGCUGGGGCCACACUCGCUGACCUUGAUAGAUUACAGCCAGAGAGACUUUUUCUGUCUAACACACAGCAACGAUAAGUCUGCGAGCAAAAUAGUUUUUCCCUUUUCUCAGAAAUAUGGCUGCAGUGUAGGCUGGGACUAGAUGGUGUGUGUUUGUGUGUAUGUGUGUGUGUGUGUGUGUGUGUGUGCCUCCACCAGCUAAUCUUCCUGUCUGUGUCUGCUAAUAAGCAGCUCCCCUCCCACCUCACCAGAUCACUUAUCUAAAUAUAUUUUCUUUCUCUGGCCACAGAGUCUUUAGUUUAUGUGUAACCACUUCUAACACCGCCGAGUUUUACACUUUAACCAGGCAGAGGAUGCGGAAAAAUCCCCAUAAAGGUUAAUUUGAUACCAGAGUCCUUCUUUGGGUUUUUUUAAGGGCAGAUUUUGUUUUGUUUUUUGUCCUGAGAGUCCACAAAGAGCGGGGAGUGGAAGCCUGAGAAAGAAAGAGAAGAAAAAAAGCGCAACAGUGAUAAAAAGCCGAGAUAGGAGAGUGGCUGCCUUGUGUAGGAGUUUAUAUCAAUGUUAUCUAUCUGUCGUUUUUUCACUCUGCGAGCCCUUCUGUUGUUUUUUAGGCCUUAUCUUGCUCCAGCAAAAUGCCAGGAACAAAAAGGGGAGAAAGAAAGAAAUUACCGUGCAGAUUAUUCAUGGGGGUUGGCUGAUAAAAUGUUGACGCAGAAAUUAAGACCAGUACAUAGGACCCCCCCACACACACACAAACACACACACUAAUGGUUUUGUGUGGUGCAUUUUGUCAUUCUUACAUAAAGGUUUUUGUACGGCAUGCCAGCUGAGUGUUGAUAAUUUUUAGCCGUUGUUUGCUGUUAGCAGAUUAGAGCUCAUUUAACUCUUUAUGACACCCUGACACCAUUUCAUUACAUGCACACACCGGCGUGCACGCUCACAUCCUGGCGAGCUCAGAUAAGCCGGCCUCCGUCUGUCAGAAGCGGAGCGGCACAGGUCUGGGUUUCCACAGUGACGGACCCGAACGUCACCGCCGACAGCUGAGGAGGGAGCCAGGCGCCCCGACGGUCACCUCACGCCAAAGACCGGCAGUGCACAAGAUGACAGGUUCCCUUGGCGACCUCGACGGCGGCGAGGAGAACACAGCUGACACCAUGAGCCUAUCAGGAGAGGAGGGCGGAGCCUCCGACCCGGAAGACUCUGCUGAGGGCGACAGCUCCACCCCUCCGCCGUACACGCCUCUCUACAGUGAAGAAACCCGGACACAAGAUUCUAGUGGAGGACCAGAUGAGGAUGGCGAUGGGGGGGAGGAGCUAGCACCUACGCACGGCGGCGGUGAAGAAGCUAAGAAAGUUGAGGAGGAAGAAGAGGAGCUGCAGUGGAAAGGCCCAGAUGACCUGAGGAUAAGUGAUGAGGGGAGCAGUGUGGUGGCCAUGAGGGACCUUCAUCCUGAAACGCUGUGGGGGCCAUACCUGGGAGUCAUCCAAUCAGACAGCAGCACAGAGGACCAGGAGACGCAGAACUCAGGUCUGACUCUGGUGUGUGAAAGUCCAGAUUGCUGGAUUAGCCGCCUCCCUCUGACCUCCGACGCCUCAGCAGCCAACUGCACCAUCUACAGUCAGAGUGAGGAGUUGUUCUGCAAGGUGACUGCAGAGAUCGCAGAUGGUGAAAAACUCCUGGCCUUCCUGUCACCCCCUCAACGCUCUUCGUCCCCGUCUUCUUCAUCCUCCCAAAUGACUGGCGUGUCUCCGCCUCUAAGCCUGGUCGCUCAGAAGCAGGUGAAGGAGGAACCUCUGUACCCGGCAGCACUCUGCUCCGAGAUCCAGCUCCUCCCACAGCAGGCCGGCAUGGCGGCCAUCCUGGCCACAGCUGUCGUCAACAAGGACAUUUUUCCGUGCAAGGACUGUGGGAUCUGGUUCCGCAGUGAGAGGAACUUGCAGGCCCACCUUAUGUACUACUGCGCCAGCCGCCAGAAGCAGCCUGCUGCAGCCUCCUCCCCCCCACAAGACAAACCCAAGGAGUCCUACCCCAACGAGCGCAUCUGCCCCUUCCCACAGUGCAACAAGAGCUGCCCCAGUGCCAGCUCUCUGGAAAUUCACAUGCGCACGCACAGUGGUGAACGGCCGUUCGUCUGUCUCAUCUGUCUGUCCGCCUUCACCACAAAGGCCAACUGUGAGCGUCACCUGAAGGUCCAUACAGAUAUCCUGAAUGGAGUCUGUCAUGGCUGUGGCUUUGUCUCCACCACGAGGGACAUCCUUUACAGCCACCUGGUCACCAGUCACAUGGUCUGCCAGCCUGGGUCUCGCAGUGAGGUCUACUCCCCAGGACCAGGUCUUCCUAAGCUCCCCCUUUCCACUGGUCUAAGCCCAGGAGACUCUGGCGUGGUGCUAAAGUGUCAAGUUUGCGGCCACAACUCUGACUCUCCAGCCCACCUGCAGCAGCAUGUCCGAACCCACCUGGAAGUCAGGGUUCCUGCUGAGAGGAGUCCCACACCUCGCCAGAGCACUCCUUCAUCUUUUGAACAUCCUCAGCCUUCACCGCAAGAACGAGAGCCUCUGGCCUGCGUACCCAAACCAGAAUCCUCUAGUCCAGGUGCAAAUGGUGGCUCAGCUACUCCUCGAGACUACAGCUCUCCAGAUUCCCUUCCCACGGAGCUGAGGAUCAAAGAGGAACCUCAGUCUGAACCAGAGAAUGAGGAGCGCAACAUGGAGGUCAAGGAGAAUGGUGACCAGGAGCAAGAGGCAAAAAGGAAGACCAAAGAUGAGCAAACUAGUACCUCUUCCUGCCAGACUUCAAAUUCUCCAAAGAGUCCAACCACAAAUGUAAAAGCUGAACCAACCAGUCCCACCCCUGGUUCGAGUCCAGCCCACCUGGGAGGUGCAGGUACAAUUGUUCCUGGAGGGACGCUCUUCUUGCCUCAAUACAUGUUUAACCCUGAAGUGGCCAUCUUGCCUCAGGCAUCCGAGAUAUUAGCCAAAAUGUCUGAGAUGGUCCACAGUCGUUUGAAACAGGGCCAGGCGGUCGUUCAGAACAACCCUGCAGCCUUUUUCCCAUCUGGGGCAACUGCAGCUACAGCCACAGCCACGCCCCCUCACAAAGGAGCCACCUGCUUUGAGUGCGACAUCACCUUCAAUAACAUCAACAAUUUCUAUGCGCACAAGAGGCUUUACUGCUCCAGUAGACACCAAGGAGAAGCUUCAGGCUCAGCUCCAACGGCACCAAGCACAGCACAUUCCAGUGAGAGUCAAAGCUUAUCUCCUCAGGUCGGAGCAUCAAGCAGAGCCGCCUCUGCUUCUCCUGCUGGCUCAGAUGUCCCAACAGGAAGUGGAGCUCCUGACACCAAGACAGUGGUGGAGGUAAAGACUGAAAACCCAGUGGGGAAAGAGGGGGUGUCAUCUUCCUCAGAAGGCGAAGGUGUAGGAGGAGAAAGAGCGAGUGAAGAUAGCCAGAGCCCUGUCAGUGCUUCCACAGAGGAUCCAGAAGAUGAUCCCAACAAGACAUUCUGUGAGGCCUGCAACAUCCGCUUCAGUCGUCAUGAGAACUACACUGUUCACAAACGGUUCUACUGUGCAUCUCGCCACGACCCGACUAACCACAGGUCUGCGCAUGCAGCAAAGGCCACCAAUUCUACAAGCUUCCUCCCUCAGCCCAUUCGCACCCGCAAGAGGAAGAAGAUGUAUGAGAUCCACAUGGCUCGAACUGAGGCAUUGGCCAAUGCUGCUGCAGCAGCAGCAGCUGCCGCAGCCGCCACUGCUGCCGCCUCUGCUCCAUCUCCCUCUGUUCUGGGGUUGGCAGUAAAACAAGAAAUGUCCCCUGGUGGUGCUGGGAUCUCCAGUCCUGAAGGAGAUGGGCCCAUUGACUUGAGCAAGAGGCCCCGGCUGAGCGAGGCAUCGCGGCACAGCAGCGGGGGUGGCAUUCUGCCGGCGCUGCCUCUGUCCGACUACCACAAGUGCACCGCGUGCAGCAUCAGCUUCAACAGCAUUGAGAACUACCUGGCUCACAAAACCUACUAUUGUCCGGCCACCACCCUUCAGCCCCACACCCUGGAGCAACUUCACAGGCUCAAGAGGUCCGCCUCCACCUCUCCCAAAAACAGGCCUGGGCAGGAGCGGCCAGACCUUCUGCACCCUGUAGAGGCCAAAGCCCAGCCUGCUGAGUGGGUCGCACAGGCUCAGGGGGCGUCAUCCAGCCCCCAUCGCUCUGCCUUACCUGCCUCCGGUGCUGCAUCCCCCUUACAUACCAGCACCCCCAUAGCCGCCUCGUCAGGAGCUGGGACCAAAGGAACCGGUUCCUCCCUGGUAGUGUGCCCUUACUGUCCUAACCGGCCUAUCACCUGCGACCUAAUGGAGCACUUCAAGACCACUCACGGCCUUGUUGUCUCAGUUCAGCUUCCAAAGGAAGCUCCCCCUCAGCCUGGCGCUCCCAGCCGCAGCCCUAGCCUCAGCCCUGCAUCCAUAACCCCCACCGGUCUGCCAAAAGGCACCCCCCGAGUUCAUAGAGACAGCAUCAACGGACAGGCCAGGAGCGGUACCACAUCUCCGGUCUCCCCCAUGUUAAAUGGCAGCCCUUCAGGCGGAGGAAGAUCGCCAUCAUCGGGUUCCCCCCACCCUGUGUCUCCGCUGCGGGCUCCCUCCUUGACUGUAUCACCGGUGCCUGAGGUCCUAAGGGAGAGGGUGGUGUCCCCCCACAUUCUUGAGAAGACCACACCACCUGCAGUCUCCCAUCCUGCCCCUUUACCAAAAACCUCAGUGAUCUCACCCAUCCAGAACGGCAACUCGCGCUUCUGUCGGCUCUGCAACAUCAAGUUCAGCAGUCUGUCCACGUUUAUCGCUCACAAGAAAUACUAUUGCUCCUCCCACAGCGCCGAGCACGUGAAAUGAGCCACAGAAGUCCCCGCCUCUUCGCUAGUUUUUUUUCCUCUCAGUUCAAGAGAACAGAGACGGUCCUCCUGCUCUGCCUUCCACUCUUCACUGUGCCAGCCUCACCAUGAGAGCGACUGUUACUCACCUGGCAGGACCUGCAGGUGACGUUACAAACUUCCAGAAACCAACCUCCCCUCCUCCUAUGGGUCAACGCUUGUUGUACGUUCAGCCCUGAGAGGGAGGCUGCCUCUGCAUCCGUGCGUGACCUUGUUCCGUUGGACCGCUCUGUCGUCACACCACUCACAGACAGCUCGGUGAGUCCGGACAUUCAGUAUGGCCUCCUCCCCGACCGUUGUCAUGACGACUCUACAUUUCAGAUCGGAACAGAGGAUUGAUUUAUUUUGUGGAAGAAAAAAAAACCUCGAUUGUUGUUGAUGUUUUUAUCAUCUGUGCAUAAUUUGUCUGAGAAGAACUUUACAAUGCUUUGGUGUGAACACUGGCUCUUCUUGACUGAUGAGAGACGCUUUUAGCUGAAGAACAGAUACUCAGUAUCACCAUGUUACUAAUAACUGAAGGAUAAUAUUUCAAAAAUUGACACUUUUUUUUCUUUUUUCGUACACAGAAAUUUUUAUUUUCUCUUUUUAAAAAAACAAGGGAGAAAAAAAUGUGAAAUAUUUAUCUUUUAGUCUUUGCUGAUUUCAUGUCAACAGAAAAACUACCUACCUAGUGUCAGAGAGUAUUUGUAUUUUUUAUUUGUAUAUUUUUCAUACUGUUAGAAGGAAGUGUUUGGAUCGGGGUAUGUUGAAGUGACUUUUCUAAGUGUAGAUAUGUAAUAUCUUCUCACAGUAAUCACACUGAUCUUUCUCACAUUUCUGUUUGUGUCGUUGAUGGUGAUUUCUGAAGGCCCAUGUUUGUUUCCUCCCAGCAACUCCAUCUGAUGAUGAAGAACCUAAACUGAGGAGGAUUGGACACAUUUUUCACACAGUACUUCUGUCUUUGUGUGUCACGUUCCAUGUUCUCUCAGGAUUUCACUUUUCUCUUUUGGAAUUCCUUAAAGUCUGAGCUUCUUGUAUUUGCGUCCUGAAUUUUCUGUUUAGUCUGGCGUGAAAAAAGUGGAAUACAGCGACACCUAGAGGCAGAGCCACUUAGCACCCGGGUUUCCGUUUGUUCCCUUAAGCUUGAUCAAAUUUUGUUUAAGGAGAAUGGUUUUGUUUGCUCAAGUUAUGUUUGCGUGAGACUUAGUUACUCAGUUUCAUGUCCAAAAUCCCAAACUGCAACAUUUUUCCUUUUUAUAAAUUGCACAUCACAAAAAAUCAACAGGUUGAGCUUCACUUCUUCCAACUGUUUCAGUCAUGGUUGAAAAACUGGGAAUGUAGCGUUGUUUUGGUACCGUUUCCUUUAUCUGUUAAAGGUAAUGUCAAAACAUGUGAACCUUGGCGCUCGAUGGAAGCAUCGUGGUCGUGUAGAUUUAGCUUUACACCCCCCUAUGUUUACUCAGUUUUUGAUUGUGAUUCAUUAUUCUGUGUCAAAUUUGUAGCUUGACUACUCUCUCAACCCCAAAUCCUAAUCAACUACAAUUCCGAUUGAAAGAAACAUUGAAAACUCUGAAGUUACUUUUGAAAAGGGUCCCUGGGUUUAUCUGUCCAAACAGAAGCUAUCUUGCCACCUAGAGUUUGGUGGUGUUAUUUCAAGGGGAUGCCAACAGGACCUUUUCCAAAAAUAAGGAAGAGCCAGUUUCCAGCCUUUUGUUUUUCCAGGAAGUUACUUUUCUGAACCUUUCCGCCUGAAUUUUUUUCAAAACAGCGUACAAACCAUCUUUCUGAAGAGUGAUGGACCUCACGGUGGGCAGGAGCUCAUCUCUCUGAAUCCUGAUGGUUCCCACUCACUGUGCUUUGGGAAUACUUUAGGGCAGUUCAUACAUCUCUCUACUAAAAGAUACCCAUACUUUCUUUAAUUUCACAACAGUUUCUAUCAAGAUCUUUGAACCUGAUGCAGCAUACUGAAUAAAAAGAUCCCUGGGUUGAAUAGGAGUCCCUGAGAACUAAGAGGAACCAUAAGCACCUGUUCUGAAGCAAAUGCCUCACUAUGAGCGAAGUUUUCUUCACUGUCUGCGUGUUUUCUGGAUUCUUGCCUUACUUGUUGUCAAUGACAGGUUUCCGGUGCAAUUUUCCCGCUUCUCUCCUGAAAUCCCGAGAUUCUGUAAAACUGCACCUAACGAGUUUGAUCUGCUGUGAAGUUUUGACAUUUCGCGCCUCGUUUCUGAGGUAAACUGGAUGGAUUGGGACUGAAACCUGAGCGGAGUCUUGUGAAGGUGCCCCCGUUUUGUUGCACUGUGUUGUAUAAAAAUGUGCUGAUGUUUUGGCUCCUCUUUUGUUUUGUAUUUAUGUUUUGCAGCACUUUUCCCGCCUGAAUGCGCUCUCCUUGAAGGACUUCUUGAAAGAUUUCACCUCACAGAAUCCUUAUUUUUAUGUUCUAAUAAGGAUUCCGUUGAUGUCUGUAAAAUCACAAUGAAUGUCAACACUUUUAUUUCCAUAACUUUGAUUUGUUCCCAACUCCACUACACUCUUGUCCAAACUAUGCAUGGGAAAUAAAAGUUCUGAGAGACACUGA